AUGGAGACUUACAAAGGAUGGCGUCUGAAGUGCGAGAGCGCGCAGGUGCCAUGUUCCCUCGAUGGUCAGCUGGUCGCGCGACUGGAAGCCCACCAGGAUGACCGUGUUCCGUCGUCUCGCGCCCGGCGCGAGAGUAUAAGUCAGCUUCGGCCUUCUGAGCUUGGCGGGAAGGAGGCCCCUCCUGGCUACCAACGACUGACCAUGGCUACUGACUUGAAGCAGUUGCCCACCUUUGACGAGCUGCCGAAUUUCCACGACUUUACUGGCUGCGCGUGGGAUGUGUGGGGUAAGGAUGACGAGCUGGGGACGAUCAAUCUCCUUACGGAGGACGUGGUGAGGGAGGCUGCGAAGGAGAUCAAGCUGGGCAAGAGCAUUUGCUUGAACUGGCCUGUCAACUUCCCUAACAAGCCUCUGUUUCACCGUCAGCAGCCGCAUUGGGAGAUAUGGUCCAAGGGCCCCGGCGUGAACGACGACGCCAUCCACAUCAACACGCAAUCUGGCACUCAGUGGGAUGGCCUGCGGCACUUUGGCGUCCACAAGUAUGACGUGUUCUACCAGAACACGCCGAGCGAGUUCUUCCAGCGAGGCCAUAUCGUCAUCUCAGACCCGGACAACGUCGACCGCCAGCUCAUCAAAUACGGUAUUCACAACUGGGCGCAGCACGGUAUCAGCGGGCGCGGCGUGCUACUCGACAUCGUGCGGUACUACACCGACACCGAGGCAGGCGGCGCGCUGCCGUACGACCCGUGGACGACCUACGGCAUAUCGGUCGACGUGCUCCAGGACUGUGCGCGGAGGCAGGGCGUGACGUUCAGAUGGGGCGAUAUCUUGUUGCUGCGCGUCGGGUUUAUGCGGCGGUUCUACGCGGCGACUCAGGAGGAGCGGGACGACUUGGGGAGCGGGAAGCAGGAGACGCUGGCUGGGAUCGAGCAGUCGGAGGAUAUGAAGCGGUUUUUGUGGAACAACCACUUUGCGGCUGUUGCUUCUGACCAGCCGGCUAUCGAGAGCUGGCCGCCUAAGGGCCCCCACAUGCACCAGACACUUCUUGCUCUAUGGGGAAUGCCAAUAGGAGAGUUCUUCGACUUGGAAGCGCUGUCAAAGGCGUGCGCGGAGGCAGGGAGAUACACGUUCUUCUUCUCGUCUUGGCCGCUGAACGUACUUGGCGGUGUCGCGAGCCCCCCGAAUGCUGCGGCCUAUUUGUGA